UUUUAAAUUAGGUUCAAUUAACCCCUAUAAGUACAACUUUUAUAUCAUCUUGUUGAUCGUGUUUAAUUUUCUAGGUUGCACCAACUAAUCUUGAGGACUCAAAUGAUGAUGAUAAUCUCGAAAAUCUCACUGUAAGUGACUGUAAAUCAAUGGAAGUGAUUUUCCAACUAAAGGGACCGAAGCUUGAAGAAAGUAGUCACUCCGUUGAAGCAUUCAAUAAAUUGAGGUCCUUCGAGUUACAGAAGCUGCCAAGUUUAACGCGUGUUUGGGAGACAGGUAGUUCACAACCGAUGUUCGCAGGAAGCAGUUUUGGAAACUUGAAAUCGCUGGAUGUCCAAUGUUGCGACCGGUUGAAAUACUUGUUUUCUUCGUCCAUAGUCAAACUUCUUGUGAGUGUAGAGGACAUAAAAGUUGAUAGGUGCGAGCAGAUGGAAGAAAUCGUUGCCGCAGAAGAAGAAGAAACAGGGGAAAUAAUUACAUUACCUAAAGUGAAGUCCAUCUGGCUUAAAAGUCUGCCAAAACUCAAGUAUUUUUGUUGCGAAGCUUACACUUUGAAGUUGCCGUCUUUGGAGUUAUUGGAGGUUAUUAAUGUGCAAGACUUAAGGCCAUUUGAUUCUAAGCUUGUUGACACGCAUAAUCCCCGAUUGCAAGUAAAACCCGCAUUUCGACAGGAAUGGACAAGUAAGUAUGAAGAUGACGAAAUCGACAAUGAGGAUGACGAUGACGAAAUCGAAGGCAAGGAUGAAAAUGACGAAACCAACAGGAAUGACGAACACAAUUGAUUGAUCAAGCACAAAGGAAAAGAGUUUAAAGAACGUUGUGGCUACAGCAAUUCGUUUACUAUAUCAUAUGUACAAACCAAUAAAAGGACAUUUGUUGCACCAGAAUUUCAUUCCAAAAAUACUAUUUAUGUUGCUUAUUUUAUGUACCAUAAAUUUCGAUUGCGAUUAUUACUGUUUGUUUCUAAAUUCGCAUCAUUUGUGUUUUGCUUAUUUGUGCUCGAGUUCUUGUAUUGCCAUUUAUAAUGAUAAUUUGGAAAUGUUGUCUCUAGCUA